AUGUCCUGGAUGGAUGCUGAGCGCUACUGCCAGAUGCUGUCCCUCCCUGGGAAGAUGGUUCACCUUGCGUCCAUCCAUAGCCAAGAAGAGGAUGAAUUCAUCAAAGAUUACGUUAGGAGCGCCUCUGGCCUUGCGGAUUAUCCUAGGUUCUGGAUUGGCUUCAAUGACAUCGAACGGGAGGGUCAGUUCCAGUGGAGUGAUGGAUCUGAUGUGUCUUACGAGAGUUGGGGGCCAGGGGAACCAAAUAACAAAAAAUACGAAGACUGUGUCGAGUGCCGCUCAGAUAUUUACAUCAAAUGGAAUGAUGAGCCGUGCAGUCGUGCAUCCGUUAUAGUCUGUAAAUUUUAG